UUGUUGAAUAACCAGUAAGCAGUUUAACAGCCACUAAAACCUCCUCUACGUCGCAGAAACUCUUACAAUCAAUUUAACGGCACCCAUAUCCUGAACACCUUAAUUCUAACUUUAUCUGCGACAACUUCAAGGCGUCGAGGUUUUCACAGCCGGAACAUCGAGUGGGAAGAAGAGAGUGAAAAGUCCACUGCAAAACUAUACGAAAUGGAUCACACACGAGACCCUUGUCCUUGGGUGGCAUUGAAUGAUUUUGGAGGAGCAUUCUGUAUGGGAGUAUGAAAUCGUACAGUUUCUUUUUAGUCUUUCGAGGAAUGCAUGGAGUUCCGCAAUAUUUAAAAGUUUAAAAGCACAAAGGCCAUGAUGAAGGAAUGCUGACAACAUUUUUUCAGGCGAUUGGAGGAGCAGUAUGGCAUGGUGUUAAAGGUUUUCGAAACUCACCCUAUGGCGAAAGAAGAAUCGGCGCACUCACAGCCAUAAAGGCACGAGCCCCUGUAUUAGGAGGAAAUUUUGGUGUCUGGGGUGGACUGUUCUCGACGUUUGACUGCGCUGUAAAAGGGUUAAGGAAGAAGGAAGAUCCAUAUAAUGCUAGUAGGUUUCCUCUAUCGAUAGCGCCCUUUGGGUUUCGAAAUGGCAGACUAUCGGACAGAUACAAUACCGGGGAAACGAAAAGCUGACAUAGGAAUAGUCAUUGCUGGAUUCUUCACCGGUGGUGCUUUGGCAAUUCGUGGUGGUGCAAAAGCAGCAAGAAACUCGGCGAUAGGUUGUGCAGUUCUUUUGGGUGUUAUUGAAGGUGUUGGGAUUGGUUUUCAGAGAAUGAUGGCAGGAAAUACGAAAUUAGAGGUAGGCAUUUACUCCCCAGUUCCCAUCCAGUCCUAAACUAACUUUCAAAUAGCUGCCACCUCCACCUCCUCCACCGUCUGAGACCGGCAAAACUGGUUUUCCCGCUGUCGCAUAAUCCCCCUACUUGACCUUGCAACGAAUAUAAUACCUCAUGUUGGUCAACUGCUCCAACAAAAUUACACAAACUCUACUCUUUCCGUCCAGCCAAGAGAAGGCUGUGGUCGCAUGUAUUCUCCUACCUUAUAAUAUUGUGUAGGAUACCAGCGCUUGAUACUGGACUUGUUUGCAUAGCUGGGAUUGGUGUAUGUAUAUCUAGAUUUGACCUUUUGGACCUCACCCCAGAACUGAGGAAGGUCGAGGUCAUCAAGCGUAACGAAAUGAAAAUGAAUUGAUUUCA